GUAAGUGGGGGACUAACAUUGGUUAAGACAUCAAGAUUUGCUGAUGUGGAUGCUGGGGAGUUGCUCUACCGCUUAUAAAAUCGUGAUUUAUUGAAAAAAAAAUCAUAUAUCGUGUAAUAAAUAAAAUCAAUCCUAUAAAAAUCAAAAUAUUUUCUUACUUUUUCAAUAUUAAAAAAAAUGCGAGAACUUAUAGCUUUUCAAAUUUUAUUCUUUCUAACUGUUUCGGCCACUGCAAUUCCAAAACCAGAAGAUGAGCCCAAACAACGUAUAUUGAAUAAGGAUUUAAGUGAUCAGGAGCAUUAUAUUAACUCCCAGCAUAAUCCAAGUUACGAUCAUGAGGCUUUUCUGGGAGAAGAUGCCAAAACAUUUGAUCAAUUAAGUCCAGAGGAAAGUACAAGAAGACUAGGAAUAAUCGUUGAUAAAAUAGAUAAAGACAAAGAUGGAUUUGUUACGAAGGAAGAACUUAAAGAUUGGAUAUUAUAUACUCAACGACGAUAUAUUCAAGAUGAUAUUAAUCGUCAAUGGACAUCUUAUAAUUUAGAAGAAAAAGAUAAUCUUCCAUGGACAGAUUAUAAAGUCAAACUUUAUGGACAUAUCAAUGAAAAUGAAAGUAAUGAUCAAGAUAAAUUAGAAGAAGAAACAUUUCCUUAUCAAGCAAUGCUCAAAAGAGAUCGCAGACGUUGGCAUGCAGCUGAUCUUGACAAUGACAGUGCACUUACUAAAGAAGAAUUUGCUGCAUUCCUACAUGCAGAAGAAGCAAAUCAUAUGAAAGAUAUUGUAGUAUUAGAAACUAUGGAAGACAUUGAUAAGGAUGGAGAUGGAAAAAUAUCAUUAGCUGAAUAUAUUGGAGACAUGUACAGAGGUACAGAGGAGGAAGAAGAGCCUGAAUGGGUUAAAAAUGAGAAAGAACAAUUUUCAUCUUACAGAGAUAAAGAUCAUGAUGGUUUUAUGGAUUUUGAAGAGGUAAGAAAUUGGAUUAUUCCUGCUGAUUUUGAUCAUGCGGAAGCAGAAGCCCGACAUUUAAUUUAUGAAGCUGAUACAGAUGCUGACCAAAAACUUACAAAAGAUGAAAUAUUAGAAAAAUAUGAUAUUUUUGUUGGUUCUCAAGCAACUGAUUUUGGAGAAGCGUUAACUAGACAUGAUGAAUUUUAAUGAGAUUUUUAUAAUAAAAUUCUUACCAAAAAUUA